AUGAGGCUCAAUACUGUGUUUUCCGAUGACACCAAGAUCGACGUCUCUUUACUUGACCUCUCGCCUUCUCUCCUUAAUCAUGUCACCAGCUGCCUCUCGUCCAACUGCAACUGGAUGGCUGCUCACGUUCUAAAACUCAAUCUCUCAAACACAGAAUGUCUCCGUCAAUCCUCGUACUGGUUCCCUAUACAUUCCUGGAUUCAGUUUGAAAUCCAGUAUAUAGACUGCGUGAAGUACACCAUUGUAUUGAACAUUUCUGCAGCCAUGAUCAUUGUAAGAGAUAUAUUGUCCUUGCUUUGGGAGGUUUGGGGGUGCAUCGUACCAUCGGUACUGAGACUGAUCGUGAAACCGGCUGAAAAAAAUGUGCAAAACGAGAUUUGUCUGAUUACUGGCGCAGCUGGUCGGAAAGGGAAACAUUUUGCACUUGGGUUUGCGAAAAAAGGAGCGACUCUUGUAUUAUGGGACGUUGAUGUAGAAGGGAAUGAAAAUACCGCCCGAGCAGCGAGAAAAUUGGGGGUGCGUGUGCAUGCGUAUAUUUGCGACGUUAGCCAGAGACAGCAAGUCUACCAAGUGGCUGAAAGAGUUAAACAAGAGGUGGGCGACGUGACGAUCUUGAUUAACAACGCCAGGGUGGUGACAGGGGGAUCGUUCCUGAGAUGUGAUGAUGAAGGUCUGGAGAAAGCUAUGACGACAAAUUGUCACAGCAAUUUCUGGACUGUAAAGGCUUUCCUCCCUAGGAUGAUCACCGUGAACAAGGGGCACAUUGUUACAGUAGCCAGUUACCUGGGUCUUGUGGCAGCAGCGAACAUGGAGGGGUACUGUGCUAGCCAAUUUGCCUCUGUCGGGUUUCAUGAAGCUCUCAGCCAUAUGUUGAAGUCCAGAAGCAUAGACAAUAUAAAGACAACUCUUGUAUGCCCGUAUAAAAGCAACUCCGCAUCAUUUACUGGGAUCAGAAUUCGACAAGAUAUCGAACUCCUAGUUUCAUCAAUGUGCACAGAACAUGGUGUGAAUAAAGUGGUUACCGGCGUCGUGACUGAUCAGCACACAGUAUUCAUGCCCAGACUGCUUUACAUCGUGGCCAUCCUCAAGCAUGUUGUGCCGUGGGAAGUCCAGCUACUGUUUCACAAGUUUCUGGUUACAAACGUGUUUGCUGUUCCAGCAACCUGUACCAUCCCACGUCGGGAUCUGGCUUUGGUAAAGGAGGACAAUAAGGUGUUCAGCUAUGGUUUACCCUCAAUCCUUCAUAUGUGUUCAGAGAGUAGAACUUCGGAUAAGAUGGAAGCCGGAUCAAGGAUGCGUCCCUCCAACUGAAACCAACAAAUGCCUCUCAAGACUCAAAUUCAGUGUACCAGACCCAAGAAACAAUUAACCUUGAUAACGUCAUCUCAGGCAGGUCUCUGAAGCAACCUCACCAAAGCAAGACCACACAGAGACACACCGUUUUAUCUUAAUACACAGAUUUCUUGUGUAUAAAACAUAAAUAAAAAAAUGUAGCAGUAUUUUAACACUGCAGAGAUGACACUCAAAUCUAUCAAGAUCCUUUCAAAUAACAGCUAAUUCAGGACAUUUCAUUAAAUUAAUUCACCCUAUAUAUUAAAGUGUUUUGAAAGUA